AACAUAGCUACGUGUCAAACACGAAUUUUCUCGUUACGGCAGAGGCUGAAAAAAGGCGGAAAGGACACGAGCGAAAGUGAAGGAAUUUCCUCGAUACAAAUCAAGACGAGACAAAUUAAUGUUUGUGUGGUUUUCAACCUAACGUAAGCAUGAAUGUGUUUGAUCGCAACAUCAACUUUGAUGCACUCUUCAAGUUCUCACAAAUUUCCCGCUCAACUCAGCAACAUCUGAAGAAUGUCUACGCCAGUCUGGCUGUGUGCAUGUUUGUGUCAGCAGCAGGUGCCUAUGUCCAUGUUGUUACAAGGCUGUUUCAGGGUGGUCUGCUGUCCAUGCUAGGAUCGCUGGCUAUGAUGACUUGGCUUGCCAUGACACCUCACAGCCCUCAGACUGAGAAGAAGAGACUCGCCAUCCUAGCUGGUUUUGCUUUCCUCAUAGGUGUUGGACUUGGACCUGCAAUGGACUAUGUCAUUACCAUCAACCCAAGCAUCAUCAUAAUGGCUUUAUUGGGCACAUCAGUCAUCUUCACCUGUUUCACUCUGAGUGCCCUCUUUGCCCAGCGUAGGAGUUACCUUUUCCUCGGAGGCACUCUGAUGUCUGGACUGUCUAUUCUGAUGCUGGUUUCUUUAAUCAACAUGUUUGUAGGGUCGGUCCUGCUCUUUAAGGCUCAUGUCUAUAUUGGUCUGGCUGUUAUGUGUGGAUUUGUGUUGUUUGACACUCAACUCAUUGUUGAGAAGGCAGAAAUGGGAGACAAGGAUUACAUUUGGCAUUGUGUGGAUCUGUUCCUGGAUUUUGUGACCAUCUUCAGAAAGCUCAUGGUUAUUCUUGCUAUGAAUGAGAAGGACAAGAAGAAAGAGAAGAAGUAGGCUCAUAGGGUGGGAAAAAUUAAAUCUGUGUUCUGUGUUUGCAUCAGAAAUUCUUCUGAUGCAUUCAUCUUAACAGCUUAAUUAUGAAUUUGAUUAUGCUGAUUUUCUACUUUGUUAUAGUAUCUGGUGUCUUAAUUUUGUUUGAAAAUUACUGCCUUUAGGUUAUGUAGUGAAGUUGAGAGAUGUGAUUUUGGUAUAAUGCUUUGAGGGCCCCUGCAUCUUUGACUUCAUUUAGAAGAACAGUGUGUUUGAACCAGACAGAUCUCUUCCUAAAUUCAUAAAUGUAUUCAUUCUUUUCCUCAUAUUCUCUGACUUGCAAUCGUGUCCCAGUGAUACUGUACUUUUCAUAGCAAAAAUGAUAAACAGGCUAAGUGCAGUAUAAGUAUUCUUUAAUUGUAUAUAUCGUUAAAGAUUUGAUUUGAUACUAAUGAUACUGCGUAAAUACUUUCUUACCCAAUUCAUGCUUGUUUCCUUGGAUUUGUAGUGCGACUCCACCUGCAUUGUUUGAUAUCCCCUGCCCCUCAAAAAAUGCAGUGAUGUGAAGUGCUUUAUUUUAUUUGUUGUCACAUUUAAGUUUUAUUAUUGUAGCUGCUGUACAUGCCAAUGUAAAGUUCAGUACUCAAGCAUUUAUCACUACCAUUGAAAAAUGUACUACUGGUCAGGUUGUAUUUUAUUAAUGAACAUCCUAUGGACUAAAGAAAAUAAAUGGCUUCAGAUUGCUUA